GUGGUCUAACAUCGGCUGUAGCGUAAGGGUCCUGUAUUACCUCACAAUAUCAAAAUGGCCCUCGCCACCCGCUGCAAGGCCCCCGCUGCCGUCUGCGCUGCUCACUCGAGGCGGUCCGUGAAGGUCUCGGCCCACAAGGGUGCCUUCGAGCAGGUCCAGGUCGCGGCCGCUGCGGUCGCUGCUGCUGCGCUCCUUGCAUCGCCGGCCAAUGCCGGUGUUGUCCUUCAACAGCCUGAGCUCAAGAAGGUCUUCCAGGACGAUGCCCCGGCACCCGCUCCCGUGAAGCGCGAGUUCAAGGGCCUGGCCCCUCCCUCCCUGCCCAAGCCAGUUGAGGCUCCUAAGCCAGCUGCAGUUGCCGCGGCCCCUGAGAAGAAGGAGGAGGUUAAGGAGUCGGGCAGCGACCUGGACCCGCGCAGCAUUGCCCUCCCAGGUGCUCUGGCCCUGACGAUCGGCGGCUUCUUCGCUGCCUCCAAGAUCGACACGUCCUUUAACGAGUGGUUCAUUGAGGCUGUCGUUAAGGACUCGAACAACUACGCUGGGUAUGAGGCCACCCUCAAGACGGACGCGGGCGUUGUCUUUCCCAAGGCUGCCACAGCUGGCACCAAGAAGGUGAAGGCUGCGACUGGGUCGAAGAAGGGCGGCUUCCCCUUCGGCGGCAAGAAGUAAACGGCCUUUCUCUUGGUAGUUGUGCUUGCCAGUAGCUUACCUCGAGCAUUAUUGAGAGCUGACCGACCUACUUCAGGGUUUUUUCCCGUCCCUGAGUGAGUGUCCACCACCCACCCCUGUACGGCCGCUUUAGUUGCGGAAAGGGAUUCGACUUGGCAGUUUGUCGUCAUUUUGCUAACCGAGACGGUUUGCAACAGCGGCGAAGACUGAUGCUUGGGAGUGUUGUCUAUUAGUGCUUUGGCUUGGUCUAGGUAUCAUACGAUCUGGGCUCUGCAGCUCCCGUCUAUUCUCGUCCUGGAUAUUGCGUUUACUUCACAGGCAUUGCCUAUGAUGUUAAUUGUGUAAUGGUGUAACGAAACUGAUAACCUCA